AUGUCCAAGCGGGCGCCAUCUGAGAACCGCGCCCCAUCAAAUCGGCCGGCGAAGCGCGGCGCCGCCAAGGCGGGUCUCGACGAGCUGCUGGCCGCGGCAGGCGCCAGCCGCCAGCCCGGCGAGGGCGGCGGCUGGGUGAUAGCGGACACAUUCCGCUUCCGGCAGCAGAUCACGCGCGAGGCGGAGGCGGACGGGUUCAAGGAGGAGCUGCUCGCGGCGCUGUCCGACGAGUGCUUCGACCCGGCGCGACUCGUCGCCCUCCUCCGCCCGACGGCCGGCGCCGCCGCCGUCUCGUCGAACGACUCCAUCGUGCGGCUGCUUCUGCACGUCGACAGCCUGCAGCCCGACAUCGCCUCGAGCCUGAUGCAGCUGCUGCCCGAGUACCAGGGCGAGGAGGCCUCCGACGCCAUGACCACCACCCGGCUCAUCCUCUCCCAGUUCCGCUGGCUCGAACACAUCGUCGACGGCGCCGCGCUCGUCGGCGCUGCGUCCGAAAUGAUGCAGGCGCGCGCGCGCGCGCGCGCAGCCCGGCCGCGCUCCCGGCGAGACGCCGCGCGCGCGCGCGCGUUGCUCUGGCCGCUCGCCAGCCCGCCGCCCCUCGCCCCUCGCCCCUCGCCGCCGAGGCGCGUGGCAGACGCGCCUCUGAAGCGGGAGCUGCUUCUCGUCCUCCCCGACCUCGUUCAGGACGGGCAGCACGCCGCCGCCGCCGACACGCUGCGCUCGGUGCUCGGCGAGGACACUCAGUUCCUCGCGUCGGUGCUCGACGCGUUUGGCUCGCUCGUGCUCGAGCCCGACGCCCUCGCCGAGGUCGAGGACCUUCCCGUCGUCGUCCGCUUCCUGCUCCAGCACAUGACCAAGGACAGCGCAAAGGCGACGGUGGCGGCGCUGCGGACGGGCAUGCAGCUCGACCUGCUGCGCGGCGGCGACGCGGCGGCGGGCGGCGGCGAGGCGAGCGGCGAGGCGCUCGUGCUCGACGCGCUGACGACGGCGAUGCGGCUGCGCAAGGACGUGGCGGUGCUGGUCGUCAAGCACCUCGGCGGCAUCGCCGCCGCGGCCGACCACACACCCGUCGACGCGUGGCUCCUCUGCGCGGCAUACACGGCCUCCGCGGCGACCGAGCGCAAGAAGGUGCUCAAGCUCGUGCUCGACAAGGCGUGCGGCCGCCUCCUCUCGGCCGCGCUGCUCCGCGCCGCCAUCGCGGGCCACGGUGUCGCCCUCGCGCCCCACUUCGCGACGCUGCUCGAGCUGGCGACCGUGCUGCUGCAGCAAAAGGGCAAGCGCGCGGCCGUCGAGGCGGGCAGCGACCUGUACUGCCUCGCGUUCGACGAGUUUGCCGACGUCUUCAAGCGGCAGGAGCUGCUCUCGCGCGUGAUGGCGCACGUCGGCUCUGGCGCCGACGCGGAGGUGGAGGCCGCGCUGCGCGUGCUCGUGCGCCUCGCCUCUGCCGACGCGGUCGCGGUGCGCCACUUCGCGCCCUUCCUGACGUACGUGCUCGACUACCUGUCCAGCCUCUCCGUCGUGCAGGCCCGGCUCGCCUUCGAGCUCUUCGCGCGGCUGGCGUACGACGGCGCGCCCGACUGCGCCUCCCGCCUCACCGACGAGCUCCUCAUCACGAUCCGCAAGCAGCUCUCCUCCUCGACGCCGCACUACAAGUGCCUCGGCCUCCUCGGCGGCUGCACGAUGCUGCACCGCCUCGGCGUGCAGGACGCCGCCGCUGCCGCCGACGGCGAGGGCGUCUCGGCGACGCAGCCGCCGCCGCCGAGCCAGGCGCGCGGCAGCCAGGCAGCGGCGUCGCAAAAGCCGCUCAGCGCGCGCAUGCAGGAGGCGCACUCGCUCUUCGCGAUGAUGUGCGGCCACUCCGCCUCCGCCGACGGCACGUUCGCCUUCCUGCUGCACGAGCUGUCGCACUUGGUCGCAGCGCGCGGCGCGGCGGACGCCCUCUCCCGGCCGCUCCUCGAGCUGGUCAUCGACAAGGUCACCUCCAACUUCGAGUCGCGCUACCUCGUCGAUGCGGCCGAGGCGCUGCAGGAGAACGCAAAGGUGCGCGGGCUCCAGCCGAAGCUGGCGCUCGACAUCGACCGCGCCGGCGAGGAGGGCAUCGCCGUCCGGAUCGCGCCGAUGCUCGCCCACUCUGACGAGGCGGCUGCCCUGCAGCGCCACGCCCUCUCGACGCUCUCGGCCAACUUCCAGCUGCUGCGGCUGUGCGAGGCGGCGACGUCGGAGGACGGCGAGUCGCUCGAGGCGGUGGACGCGGUGCUCGGCGCGCCGCUCGUGCUCUUCGAGCCGCGUCUGAUCGGCGAGCGGCUCGAGGCCUUCCGCGACCUCCCAGCCGACACGCGCGAGGCCGCCUGCCUCGCGCUCUUCUACGCGGUCGACUGGAUCCGCGAGCUGCUCAACGGCUUCUGCACGCAGCGCGACCCCGAGAUGCGCGCCAAGGUGGUGCUGCGCGCCACGCAGCUCGCCGCGCUCGAGGGUCCCUCGCUCGGCGUGCUCGACGCGCUCCUCGGCGAGACGCCUCACUUCCGGCUGCCCGGCAUCAUCUGGGACUCGCGCGCGGCGGCGGCCAAGGCCAAGGCGGCGGCAACCAAGAAGCCGGCAGUGGCCAAGAAGGCGGCGGCGGGCAAGGCCAAGCCGGCCUCCAAGGCUGCGGGCAAGAAGCCAGCAGCGGCGGGCAAGGGCAAGUCUGCGGCGGGCAAGGGGAGAGGCAAGAAGAAGUCGGCGGUCUCGGAUGUCGACUCGUCGGGCGACGAGGACGGCGACGAGCCGGCGGGCGCCGGCGAGGAGGAGGAGGAGGAGGAGGAGCCGGCCCCGGAGCCGGCGGCGGCGGGCGGCGCGGGCAGCAGCAGCGCCGCGGCCACAAAGAAAAAGGCAAAGGCGUCGCCGUCGUCCGUGCUGGCGCGGCCGAACCUCGCGCGCGUCUCGCCGCAUCUGCGUGGCAUCUCCAUCCACACGAGCCUCAUCCUCACCUACGGCUCGGGCCACAUGCGCAAGGAGGUCGACACUCGCGACGAGACGGUCGAGCUCACCGCGGGCGCGACCCACCUCCUCCUCGCGCAGCUCCUCGCAAAGGUGCAAGCCGCCAUCUCCUCUGGCGGCGCGAGGACGUCGCCCGCAAAGGCGGCCGGCGGCCGGCGCGCCAUCGCCGUGCAGGACCUGUCGAGCAUGGAGCUCUCGCUGCUCGACGCGCCGAAGCUGCUCGCUGCGCUCAAGCCGGUCCUCCUCUCCUUCCGCGAGCUCCUCGAGACGCUCGGCGAGCGGCUGCGCGGCGCGGACGGCGCGCCGCCCGCUGAGCCCUCGAGACGCGCCACGAGCACGACUCGUCCACGGACGCGUCCGCGGCUCGUCCCCUUAGGCGUGCCGCCGCCCGACGAGGCCGAGCACGAGACGACCCUCAUCGAGGCGUUCGAGGGGUCGGAGCUGAGCGAGUCGCGCGCGGCGCGCGGCGAGUUCACGCACUCCUCCUUCGUGCUCAUGCUCCGUGUGCUGCAGGCGCUGCUCGCCCCCAGGCGAGCUGCCGACACCGCGGACCUGCUCGACGUGCUCGCCUACUUUGGCUCGCACGGCUCGCUCUCGUCGCAGGCGCCCCCCUCCGCCGCCGCCGCCGCCGCGUCCGGCCGCGCCAAGGCGGAGACGUGCGCCGGCGCCUUUGACUUCUUCGAGACGCUGCGGCAGGGCGUGGGCUCCGCGUCGCUGCUCGCCGAGAUCCUCGACGUGCAAGCCGCCAUCGUCAAGCUGCAGGGCCGCCUCACCAAGGCCGUGCCGACGCCGGCCCAGCGGCAGGCCAAGCUCGCCGAGUGCGCGGAGCACAUCCUGCUGCGGCCCGACGGGCGCCUCAAGGGGGACAAGCUGCUGGCGCCCACCCUCAAGACGAUCCUCGAGUGCCAGGCGGCGCACACCGACAAGCCGCGCGAGCUGAUCCGCACGUGCGCCGAAGAGUGGCUCUCGAGCCUCGAGGACGACCCAAAGGCGGACCCGAGGAGCAGCCCUUCCUCACCCUCACCCUCUCCCUCACCCUCACCCCUCACCCUCACCCUCACCCUCACCCUCACCCUCACCCUCACCCUCACCCUCACCCUCGCCCUCGCCCUCACCCUCACCCUCACCCUCACCCUCACCCUCACCCUCACCCUCACCCUCACGCGCAAGGCGGACCCGCCCGAGGAGCAACCCUUCCUCUCCCUCAAGACGGCACCGCAGUACCUCCGCACCAUGUUCGGCCUGCUGCGCCGCGAGUGCGCCGCGCUCGACGGCGGCACCAAGGCGCCGCUCGAGGACCACGCAGACCUCUCGGCGGCGGCGGUGACGGCGGAGCUCAAGGAGCUCGUCGAGCUCUUCUCCUCGCUCGCGCAGGCGAUGCGCGGCACCCACAUCUCGUCGAUCAACAUCGCGGUCUUCCUCGCGUGGUUCAACUCCCGCGCGCUGCCCUUCAUCUCGUCGCAGUUCAUCGGCCAGCACGGCGAGAUGAUCACCCUCCUCAAGGCCAUCCAGCCGACCACGCGGAUGCUGCAGGCGAGCGCUGCCCCGUCGCCCCCCCCCCCCCCCUCGCGACGCCUGUCUCUGGCUGCACAGGCGCUCUGUGUGGACGUCAAGGCGAGGCUCGAGACCGGCUGCUUGACACCUGCGAGCACGCUCAAGCGCGAGCUCGAGAGCCUCGUCCUCCAAGUGAUGCUGCAGAAGAAUGGCUGCCGCGAGGCCUUCUGGGUCGGCAACCUCAAGCACAAGAACUCGAGCGGCGUGAGCUCGCAAAUGUACGUCGAGGCCAAGAAGGGGCUCAAGAAGGCGGGCACGCCCAAGAAGAAGAAGAAGGUGAAGAAGAAGAAGGCGGACGACGACGAAGACGAGCCUGUCGACGUCGAUGCCGACGACGAGGAGGAGGACGGCGAUGCGAUGGCAGUGGACGGCGGCGGCACCAGCGAUGCCGACGAGGAGGACGAGGACGAGGAGGGCGAGGAGGACGAGGAGGACGAGGAGGAGGACGAGGACGGAUACCCUGCAAGCAUGGUGGCCUCUGACGAGGAGCGACAUGGCACUGUCGCGGUGCUGACGCUGUUCGCUUCGGCAGUGCAUGCCGUACUCCUUCCAGAGUUCAGGAACGGGCACUUUGAGUGCCCAGCUGGCAGUUUCCCCAAAGGCGUUGUCAUUGACCUGGGCCGCUCAACCAUCACUGUCAACAACCUCGGCGGCUAUCUGGGCAACACCGACACGGAGACGGUGGAAUGCAUGGUGGGUACGGAUGGUGUUACCAACGCUGUUGAGGACUACUGCCCCUGCGGCUGCGGCUGCAAGUGCCUCAACACUGCUCUUCGCGAGCAGCCGCAAGAGAUGCGAUUUGCGGGUGCUGCCAGGGCAUACGAUGGGACGAGCAACGAGCCUUACGAAGAAUUUGACUUGGUGGUCACGAACACGACGGAAUACAAGCCGUGGAGUUCCGCGCAGAACGGGCUGUUUUCGGGAGGGGACAGCCGAGAGGCCCAGUUUGGCAGUAUCAGCCAGGCUCAGGACACCACCACCACCUUCCUGUUUACAUUCCUGUAUCCCGGGACACAAAGACGAGCCCAGGUCGACCCCCUCCCCGCUCUCGCCUCAGAGUUCGAGGCGUGUGCGCUCGACUUCGACACGGGACCAGUGGGCGGGGGAGGGUUUGUCGCACCGGAAACAGUCAUGACCGAAUCACUCACCAACUGCGACUCCUACGCGUGGUUCACCCACAGUAAGUUGCCGGACAACUCGCCGCUCAAGCCGUACCUCUGCGAGAACAUCGAGUACGAAGGAACGCUCAAAGUCACAGAGGCUCUCUCCCUCAAUGGAGCCGACGGCUGCGUGAGGAUAGACGGGCUGAAGGAGGGGCUUGGUGGUGACAACCCGGUCUCGUGGACCGACGUGCUCAUGAACUGGGAUGGAGGCCCGACCUGCGAAGACUACGACACGUGUCCCGCCGGGGGAACAUCGGGCGUGCAAGGGAGGCGGAAGCCCGGAACGACCGAAGACUUCAUUACGUGUAGUGAGGGCGAGUACUACCCCGCGGCUGGCGUGUACGAUGCAGCCGAGCCCACCUACCCGUACCGCUACACCGUCCCAAAGAUGGUCUGCUUCCACUACCCCGCCGGCAUCGACCACUUUGAGAUGACCUACGCUGUGGGCCCGGCUGGUCCGAACCAUAAUGGCAAGUACGGGCGCAAUUAUCAGUUCGGUGACAGCGGCGCCCCGGACGAGUGCGUGGUGCCGCCGCCCCCCUCCCCGCCCCCCGCCCCGCCCCCUCCUGCUGGUACACCGUCGCCGCCACCAUCGCCGUCACCGCCGCCACCAUCGCCGUCACCGCCGCCGCCGUCACCGUCGCCCCCCCCUACGGGUACACCAAAGCCGCCCCCACCGCCGCCGCCCCCACCGCCGCCACCGUCGCCACCGCUGCCAUGCGUCAUCCCUCCCCCGCCGCCGCUCGUUUCAAUGGGCAGCCUUGCGGAGGCUUGCCAGUAUCUGCUUAACCAAGCGGCCUACUUGGUCGGCUCUGCGCCUCUCGGUGAGAAGAUCAAGGCGCUGUCCACUCCUUUGCCGGAGCGCCGCAUGCAAGAGUCGGCGCGACAUGGCCAAUUCCAUGGCUUGCAUCCCGAUGAAUACCACAACCUUAUCCCGGCGUCCGAUUACUUCAAGGAUGACACCGCGUCGGGUGAUUGUGUCCCACCACCGCCACCGCCGUCGCUCAGCUACCUACCAGAGUGGUGCCAGAAGCUACUGAACAAGGCGGCUUAUGUGACAGGCACGGCUAGCCUCGGAGACAAGAUUCGAGCCCUGGGGCUCGAGUGA